AUGGAAAAUCAGCCGGUUCUUGACAUCGGUGCUGGCGCCGGGUUCCCGAGUCUACCGCUUAAAAUCGUCUUCCCAAAAAUUAGACUGACGAUUUAUGAAGCUAACGCCAAAAAGGUCGCUUUUCUCAACAACGUUAAAGGCGAACUCAACCUAGAUUUUAAAGUCGUCCACACGCGAGCUGAGACGAGUCAAGAUCGGGAAAGUUUCGCUUUUAUUUUGGCUCGUGCCGUGGCCGAUCUCAAGCAUUUAAUCCAAAUGAGUUACCAUCUUGGUCAGCCAAAUUGCCAAUUUUUGUUCGUUAAAGGCGCGGGUUACCAGCAGGAGAUCAACGCCAGUCAAGCGCUAGUUAAGAAGUUAAAGAUCAAAAUCCAAGUUUACCGAGCGCCCGAGCCAGCUUUGUCGUACUUAAUAACUUUUCGCAAGGCUUUACCAACGCCAGUCGAUUUUCCGCCGCCUUGGGCCAAAAUGCACCAGGCAUAA